AUCUGAGGAAGCAUUGCUGAGUACGUUUGUUGGUUGAGAGGAGUUAGAGGAGAGGAGAGAAGACGACAGAAUGAUCAAGAACAGGUCCGUUCCAACUGUUGAACAUGGAAGAGAGGGAGAUGCCAAGUGUGAUACUGAGGAGAGAUCAAAAGAGGCAGUAGUACUGCCAAAGAAGGCAGAGAGCAAGGCAUCCGGCCAAGACAUCAACGAAAGUGCCGAGGCAUUCAUCAAGAAGUUCCGGCAACAGCUUUUGAUCCAAAGGCUCGAAUCCAUUGAGAAUUACGAGCAAAUGCUUGCAAGGGGGCUCUAACGCGCGCGCUAACCUACUCUUUCUUCAUCUUCAUGUACGUGAUUGUACGUGCGUAGUAUUAUUAAUAAAGUUGUUUCGUUAAUUUGUUGUCA